UAAAUGUAAUGUUUAAGUUCAAUAUAUCUUAAUCAAGCCAAAGGGAGAGUAAAUAGAAGAAAAACGAAAUCAGACGUGAUAGAAGAAACCAUUUCAUUCCGGUUGAAUGAUUUGUUCAAAAAGCCACAAGUCCGAGACAUGACGUCACUGGAAUACGAGAACUAACGAGGAGCACAGGGCCCUUCGACGGAUGUUACUGAGCGUUGAAAACCUACCAGAACACACUUCAAAAGCUACCAGCCAUAAGGAACGUCGUGUACUACGUCUGUGAACAUCAUACGCUUCCCAGUCAAGCUGUGCCAUGGAUGAUAAUAAAGAAGUGAAGUUCACGUCCAGACGUACGAAGAGACGUAAGGUCGUUAUUGGCGGUGUCAUUACAGCGGUUUUGUUGCUAGGUUCAGUGGUUUUCUUGGCCGUCUAUUUUUCGCUUUCAAAACAGAAGCCAGCUCGUUUGGUAGAAAUCGAUCUGAAAGAGGGUGAAAUUCUGACUUAUCGAGUGGACCAACAUAUAGAGCUGCACGGCAGCGAUGGACAAAAGGUGACCAUCCGGGCAAUAGUCGGUAUCCGGGUUCUUAACAAGACGUCUGAGGAGUACUGGUUCCUGAUGAAAUCCAAUUUGUCCCAAUUGGGUCAAAAUGCUACCAUGAAAGACCUGUCGGACUACUUCCUUGUUCAACUCCAUAUUGCCUCAAGCCCAUCAAACCGCACCAGCGAGUCAUUUGAAGUCUUUGGACCUCGUCAUAUUCAUCCAGAGCUCCUCCGCCAUGUCUAUAGUAUCUUAAAGCAACUACUCCCAGAGGUGCAACGAGACCUUUACGAAGAUGUGGAUGGAGAGAAGGCGACAGGCUCGAAUUCACCCGAUCCUGAAGAAUCUGCUUUGCUUCCGGGCUCCGUGAAAAUGCAUCGACAAGCGAACACAUUAGACCAUGAAAACGCAGUCUUCAUCAGGAGUAAUUUCAAUCGCGCAGAUUUUGUGGAUUUUUCUUCCGAAAUUGAUUUCGAUUUCAAAUAUUCUGAUUCGGCGUUCAUUGACAAAAGCAAUGGAAUGGUCACCCAGAGCAAUGCCUCUUUCUCAAAACAGUUGAAUUUCGGGGAACCGAUUCAUUUUAAUAACAGUCAUCAAGACAAAAUGAUGAAAGUAACUAUGGUAAGCCAGGUUUCUCUCAUUGAACUGACAAACUACUUCGAAGAGGGGGAAUUCGAAAGAGUAAGAGUUCAUCUUUUCGUGAGGCUCUCUCUCCCUAAGUCUAAGGCCACUGUCUCGGUGAAGGAAAACCCACACAACGUUUCAACAGUUUCUAAUUCAACCCUAACGCACAAUUCAACCAACUCUUCGAGCACUCCGCUGCAACGGUCCCGGCGAUCGUCGAACUUAGAGGUCGAUUACUCUGCCACACUGUUUGAGAAGAAAGUAAUCGGUAUAACCGUAAAGGUAGUGGUAAGGCAUUGGGUGCAACAAGGCGUAAUAAUGGGAAUAAGUGCCGUUCUUUCAAUUGGAAGCCACAACGAACGUAUAUUUAACAAGGUGUACUCCUGGAAUGAAUUGCAGAACCAACAACCUACUGAUAUCUCACUCCCGUGGAGCACUCCAUCUAUCAUAGUAAGUGUAUGUCGUGUCAUUAUACUUGCUUCCUUUUGAUAUACUGGGCAUUAAGAGCGUACUCAGAUCAAAGCGUAAAGUCAUUCAAACUUUCACUCAACAUUAGUCAAUCCCCAGGGUUAUUUAGUCGAGAAAUACUACAUCAUUUUAAGAUAGGUAAAUAAAACUUUUUUUAUUAUUAUCAAGACAAUUUUGGCCAGUAAGCUUCUAACGUACUACCGGGGUGAACAAUCGAUAAGAAGCGAAAUCGGAAACGCCGUUCGAUAAAUCGAUAACAAUCGAUAAAUGCAAUUUAAACGUCAUCGCUUUUAUCGAAAUCGAGAUUGCUACUUUUACCCCAGUAAAACGUUAAAAAAUCGAGUCUACGAUUUUUUAUUUAUUUAUUUAUAGCAGACACCUAAGUUAUUACUAGGCUAGCUUGCAAAUAGCGAAGAGCUAAUCGAGGCAAGCCAGACUGUAAACGGAAUAAUUUAGACAAGUUUUUAGAACAACAAAUGAAGGUCCCGCACUUUCCAGCACUUUUGUUUUGAUGGAUCAUUGCCAUCAAACGUUUUAAUUUAUUACCAUUAUAGUAGUAUCAAAGAAAUUCCCAAUCAUUGACGAACAAUUAAUAGGUUACC